AUGGCUGCGACCUUGAAACCAUAUCUCACUGCUGUGAGGCACACACUGACUGCAGCCAUGUGCUUGGAGAACUUCUCAUCACAAGUUGUGGAGAGGCACAAUAAACCUGAAGUGGAAGUGAGAACCAGCAAAGAGCUGCUCCUGAACCCAGUUGUCAUCAGCCGCAAUGAUAAGGAGAAGGUCUUGAUAGAGGCCUCAAUCAACUCUGUUCGAGUGAGCAUUUCCAUCAAGCAGGCUGAUGAGAUUGAGAAGAUCCUUUGCCACAAGUUCAUGCGCUUCAUGAUGAUGAGGGCAGAGAAUUUCUUCAUACUCAGGCGCAAGCCUGGCUAUGACAUCAGCUUCCUGAUAACCAACUUCCACACAGAGCAGAUGUAUAAGCACAAGUUAGUAGACUUUGUCAUCCAUUUCAUGGAGGAAAUUGACAAAGAGAUCUCAGAGAUGAAGCUUGCAGUCAAUGCCAGGGCGAGGAUUUGUGCUGAAGAGUUCCUUAAACGAGUCAUUUUGAAGCAAGAUGAGCCAAAGACAUCUGAAGUCUUCCAGUGCCUGACUUCAAAAGAAUCACUACAAGUGGAGACUUGCUUUGAUUGUUUCUUUUUUCACAUGCUGAAGAUUGUAUGAAAUAGUAUAAUGGCAAUAUAAUUGAAGGUUGAUGAGAAACUUCUAUGAGUUGAUGGUGAUAUUUUUUUAUUGCAUGUGGGUUAUCUUUCAUCACUGUCUCUUACUCAUGCUGAUCAAAUGAAAUUUCUUUCCUUGUUACAAACUGAUAGUUGAAUUCAGUCUGACUUGUGAGACUGGAAACAUUCCCCUGUGAUGUGUAUUCCCUGGGAAAUUUUUGCAAUAAAAUUUGCUAAUGAGUUGAGGUG